CAUCAUCUGCUCCGGGCAGGAUUACACGGCUGCACCAUCACCAAUUGCCUUCGUCAACUCAAACCCACGACUCCAAUCACAUAGUAAAAAUGGGUGGCGGACCUCGUGUCAAAUAUCCCAAGCAUGUCUGGUCGCCUGCUGGUGGCUGGUACACCAACCCUCCGAACUGGAAGGCCAACACAGCGAUCAGCCUGUUGGCAAUUGUUGGAGUGACGGCGAUUGUCUGGAAGAUCAGUGCCGAGAAGGAAUGGAGGCCACGCAUGCCCGAGAAGGAUCGCUACUACCCAAGCAGAUAUUGGAGCAAGCAAAUCAUUGAGCAUGAGCGUGCAGAGAGGGAGAAGGAGAAAGCAGCGCAAGAAUAAUCCUCGUCUUAGAAAAUCCCGACAGCAAGAAGCUUUUUUUUUUUUCCUUCACGUUAAGCCGUUAAGCUCUUUUAUUCCAAUGCCUACAUGCCAUAGAACAGAUGUGAUUUCCCAUCCUGUUCCUGUCCGAAACCACCUGCCUUUGCAUUCACGAAGAUGUUGACAAAGCGGAAGUUUACGGUUGUUGACAAGGACUUGAAAAUGGACAAAGCGUUUAAAAAAGGCAAGGCUGGCUCAAUAUGUGCCUGGCCAUUGUUCCAAAGUCACUUUCUCAUAUUAAAGGGGGACUACUUACGAUGACUUCCGUGGCUUCUAGAUCGGCUUUCAUUCAAUAUAUCGAAAUUGGAAC